CGACGCCCCUACCCCCGCGCUCCGAGAACAGAGCCUCCCACGUCCUCUUGUAAUCUAAUGGGAAGCGAAGAGGGCAUAAUUCGAGAUUUUUAGUCCCUCGCGGCAGAGAAGCGCACGAGCUGUUCGUCCACCGCCGCCGCCUGCUCUGAAAGGUCUCGAGAGUCAGCGAGAUGUCGACAAUCGGGCGAUCGGGAGUUGCUGGUGUUCCGCGCCUCGUGAACAAGCAGUUCAACUCACCCAUCAAGCUGUACUCGGACGAGAACGUGACCGAGGUCAUCAACAAGCACGUCCAGGUGCUGGACAACGGCGCCGUUGGAAUCGACUUCCGUACACUCGCAGCCCCCAACCUGGCGAACUCGGCGGUACUCAGGAUGCUGCAGGAGGAGGAGAGGGCAGGAACACAGAAAGGACUAAAACGUGUCACCUGGCCACCUCCGCCAGAAGAGCAGGAACUGAUCUUCAACGAACAGCCCGUCUACUCAAAGGGCCCAGAAGGAAUCAGUCCAGGGAACCCCGGCCAGCCUCAGAGCGCUUGGUCCCCUCCUGCUGCAGCAACACCGCACAACUACCAGCCGAGCCCCCAAAAGCAGACUCCGGUCCAGGCGCAGGUGUACCAACCGGCACAUUUCGAGCCACCGCCAGCGACUGUGGUGCUGAGACCAGAGGCUCCGAUCAGCCAACCACCCCCACCCGUCUUCACAUCACAGCCAGCAGCCACGAAGGGAGUAUCGGGAAGAAUGCGUGGAGACGAGAAGUGGCCCCCAGAGCCUUACAAGGUGCAGGCACAGGCGGAAAAUGAAGCCCGCCUCGCGCUCGCUCGCGGCCCCGCUUUCAGGCCUCGCCGAGUAAAGAAAGAUUACACCGCUUUCUUUGCCCAGAAUGCCUUGAAUCCGACAUAUCCUGGCUACAGAGCCCCUCCAGGCACUCAGCACUACAUCGAAGAAGGCACAUCGAACCUGUAAUAAUAAAGGUGCUAAUGUAGCAUUAGCAGCCAUGCUUCAUUUGAAAACCUAUGUUUAUCUGUUCUCUGGUAAAUGUACUGAAAAAAUAACUUCAGUCACAAUGGAAGCUAUGAACAAAGAUGAAGGGCAGUUAUUUUUUAAAAAAAUUCCAUCCAUCUUUUUUUUUAAUUUCUGCCAAGAACUAUGAUUAAUAUCCAUCAUACAUAAGUUUAAUAAAUUCUAGGCGCCGCUCACGUAUUUUCAAUGACACGAGUGAAGGCAAGAAAAAAAAAUAUGAAUAUCUUGGAAUUUACAGUAACCUGAGAACGAGCAUAUUUUUUUAAGGACCUUAGUAUUUGAAAUAUAUCUUCAAGUGCGUCGAAUAAUGAUGGUCUCUUUUUCUUUUUUUUAAGUUGAUGGAGUCUAGUCUCUUUGUUAAUAUAUUUUUUACGAGUUUUUGGACCUGGUAGUCAAUUAAGAUGAGAUAAUGAUUUUAUGAGCAAAUCAUGAGUGAUCAGUUUCACUUUAAAACGAUGUGAUAUAUCCAUGGUGCCACACAGUUUUUAUAUUAGUCCUUAUUUGAUGUUUAUCAGACAGAUCCACUAUAUUCCCUUCCUAAAAAUACGAAGAGCGACGAACUUUUCACGACUUACAUACGAAUAUCUUCAAUGGUAUUUAUUUGGUGUUUAUAUCAUGAUAAAAGUUUGUUUUGUGCUUAAAAUAUGUUGUUGAUAUCAUGUCUUGAACUGAUGAAUGUAAAGCGAAAGUGUAAAUGUGUUAUUUAGGAAAAUAAAUACUAUCCAUACAUAUAA